ACUCCCCAGUUCCAGCUACCCUAUCUGCUGUCAGCAAGCAGGGCACUGGGCACGGAUGAGAUUAUCUUGAAUCCAGGCAAGGAGGAGGCAUGGAAGAGAUGAGCACACGAGAGGCGCCCUCCACAAAUAUAGCCUGUUUUGGACAGGGUCAAUGAGAAGUUUUGAGAAGCAACAAAGAGAAGAGAGGAGAGGAAAAGGAAGAGCAAAUAAGGGAAGAGCUGAGAGACAGAGAAAACUUGUGACAGCAUUCGCGAACAGUUUGACUUGAAGCAACGUGAAAUAGGUGAUCAUGGCAUCUGCAGUGCCCAUGAAGGCCCCCAUAUGUCUGGUAGAAAACAGCAAUGGAGAGCUGACGGUAAACCAGCAAGCCCUACAGAUGCUUGCUUCCAUUACCAAGCCAGUGGUGGUGGUAGCCAUUGUUGGCUUGUACCGUACUGGAAAAUCCUACCUGAUGAACAGGCUGGCAGGAAAGAACAAAGGCUUCUCCCUUGGCUCCACUGUGCAGUCUCACACAAAGGGCAUCUGGAUGUGGUGCGUCCCUCACCCCAGCAAAGCGGACCACGUCUUAGUUCUGCUUGAUACCGAGGGCCUUGGAGACGUGGAAAAGGGUGACUCCAAGAAUGACUCAUGGAUCUUUGCCCUGGCCAUCCUCCUCAGCAGCACUUUUGUCUACAACAGCAUGAACACCAUCAACCAACAGGCCUUGGAGCAGAUGCAAUAUGUAACAGAGCUGACAGAGCUAAUCAAAGUCAAAUCCUCACCUAAUGCUGUUGGAGAAGACUCAGCAGAGUUUGUGGGCUUCUUCCCAGACUUUGUGUGGACUGUGCGGGAUUUCACCCUGGAGCUUGAGCUACAUGGCCACCCCAUCACCUCAGAUGAGUACCUGGAAAAUGCCUUGAAACUCAGUCAAGGCAAGAAUCCCAAAGUUCAAGAGGCCAACGCUACACGAGAGUGCAUCAGGAAAUUCUUUCCAAAACGGAAAUGUUUUACAUUUGACCGUCCAACAAAUGAUAAGUCAUUGUUAGCCCAUCUUGAUGAUGUCCAAGAAAGCCAGAUGGAGCCUGCGUUCAAGGAUCAGGCAGACAACUUCUGUUCUCACAUCUUUUCCAGUGCAAAAUCCAAGACUCUUAAUGGGGGAACCAUGGUCAAUGGGAAUCGGUUGGGAAAGCUGCUGGAGAUCUAUGUGAGGACCAUCUCUAGUGGAGACAUUCCCUGCCUGGAGAAUGCAGUGUCAGCAUUGGCUCAGAUUGAGAACUCGGCUGCUGUGAAAAAAGCUGUCAUGCAUUAUGCAGAGCAGAUGGCGCUAAAGGUGGACUUUCCCACAGAAACCCUCCAGGACCUGCUCAACCUACACACAGACUGUGAGAAAGAAGCCAUCUCAAUUUUCAUGAAGCAUUCUUUCAAGGAUGAUACCCACGAGUUCCAGGGGGAACUGGUGCAAACCUUAGAAUCCAAGAAGGAUGAUUUCAUCCGUCAAAAUGAGGAAGAAUCAACCAAAUAUUGUCAAGCUAAGCUUCAGGAUCUCUCUCAGACCCUGAAGGCAGCCAUUUCUCAAAGCACCUUCUCUGUGCCAGGGGGUUACCAGCUCUAUAGGAAAGAAAGAGAAAAAAUAAUGAACAAUUACCAUCAAGUUCCCAGGAAAGGGGUAAAGGCAGAUGAGGUCCUCCAAAGGUUUCUACAGUCACUGGCAAUGACAGAAGAAUCCAUCCUGCAGACAGAUCAAGCUCUCACUGAACAAGAGAAAGCCUUGCAAGCUGAAAAGGUCAGAAGAGAAGUAGCUGAGCAGGAGAAGAAGUUGUUGGAACAGCAACAAAUGGAAAUGCAGCAAAACAUGGAAACUCAGCAGAGAAGUUUUGAAGAAAAUAUGAACCAAUUGCUGAAGAAGGUGGAGGAAGAUAAGAUGCAUAUCCUGGAAGAACAGGAAAAGAUUCUGGAUCAUAAAUUAAAGGAACAAAAGCAGCUGUUGGAGGAAGGGUUUCAUGAGAAAGCUAAAGAGAUGGAACGAGAGAUAAAGGACCUAAAAACAAAGAAGGCUGCUGAGAGUGACCCUUCCUCCUGGGUGGCCCCAGUGUUAGAUGUCGCUGGUGCUCUAUUGAUGUCCAAGUUACGAGGUGUAAAAAAGCUCAUUGGCUUAGGGUUAACAGGAUUGGGCAUUGUGCUUCCAUUUCUCAAAAAAAGUUAAAGAAUAUAUUUGUUCCACCUAAUAAGACAUGGCACUGAAACUUC